AUGGGUGACCAAAUUGAAAAUAGCCUCCACGCCGCUCUCAAGGCCGGCAAAAUUAACGGUGCUGUACUCUGUGCAACCGACUCUGGGGGUUCUUUUGUCUUCAACAAAGCGUUCGGCAAGCGUACUCUUUUAUCGGGCGAGACGCGACCGCAACAACUCGACGAUGUGCUUUUUUUAGCGUCAGCAACAAAACUGAUCUCCACCAUCGCGGCACUCCAAUGCGUUGAUGACGGAAUUUUGGCUCUCGAUGAUGAUCUUUCUUUUAUCGCACCCGAGCUCGGCGCCAAGCAGAUCCUGACUGGCUUCGCUGAAGAUGGUACAACACCUUUGCUCGAGCCUGCGACUCAACCCAUUACCCUGAAAAUGCUGCUGAUACAUAAUUCUGGCCUUUCUUAUCAUUUUCUGAAUCCAAUCAUCGCUAAGUGGCGUGAGCUUUUCGCUGGUUCCCAAACCGAGCGUCGAACGGUUGAGGAGUUGUUCAGUUAUCCACUCGCUUUCCAGCCCGGUGAUGGAUGGAUGUAUGGCCCUGGACUUGAUUGGGCCGGUCGUGUGGUUGAGCGGGUGACGCGAUGUACGUUGGGAGAACGCAUGCAGCAGAGGAUUUUUGAUCCACUAGGUAUCACCGAUGGCCAGUUCUACCCAGUCAAACGCGAGGACCUACGAGGCCGUCUGGUUGAUCUAAAUCCUGAUGAUCCAGAUGCCCUUGGCCGUGCUGUGCUCGGUGGUGGUGGCGACAUGAAUAAGCGUACCAUUGGUGACUUUGGUGGACAUGGCUAUUUUUUGCCGGGCGCCGAUUUCAUGAAAGUUCUACAUUCUUUACUGGCUAAUGAUGGCAAGCUCCUCAAGGCCGCCACUGUGGACAAUAUGUUUCAAAACCACCUCAAUCCGCAGGCAAUGGCUGGUCACCAGGCUGCGCUAGCAAGCCCAGCGGGUCCCUUUUUUCGUGUGGGAACUGACCCUGGAAUGAAGGUGGGCCAUGGCCUAGGCGGACUAUUGACGCUCGAGAAUAUUGAUGGCUGGUAUGGUGAGCACACACUUACAUGGGGCGGUGGUCUGACAUUUACUUGGUUUAUUGAUCGCCAAAACAAUAUUUGCGGCCUGUGUGCUAUCCAGGCAGCGCUGCCGGUUGAUGUUGAAGUGAUAUCCUCGCUGAAACAAACCUUCCGCCGUGACAUCUACCGAAAGUAUGCCGCGUGGAAGAAUCUGCAAGUUUAA